AUGUGUAUCAUUAUACCGAUCGACCACACACCAUGCGACCACACCAUCGCUAUAUGGCAACAUUGUGCAAAUGCACCGCGCUCAGUUUUUGGUCACAAGCCAUGCUCUCACAUUCGGCAACACGGUCGCCCUAUCAUAACUAGAAAGAUGUGUCACAACUGCGGCGGACCCAGAUUCUUUGCUCGAAGAGGAGGCUUGGCUGCGCGCGGCAGUGGUAGUGGCUUCUCGAUGCUGAGCCAGGUUAAGGAGGACCUGAACGAACAAUACGACUCCGGCUACCAAAGCGACUUGAUACCCGAGGCGGAAGACGAGGCUGACGACGACGAUCUUUCGCUGUCGCCGCGACAAUCAGCGGUGUUGACACAAAGAUGGAGGGAUAUCUCAAGACAACGUUCGUCAAACAUUCCUCGGUCCUCCGGCCAAAAGUCUAACUGGCGGCCGAACCUCAAGCGUGAUCUC